UUCUCUGCAAGUCAUUAGAUUAGCAAUGUUCUGGAGUAACUUUCGCAAUUAUCUCGACUUACUUUUGGUACCGCUCUUCCCAGUACUGUUGUGUUUUGUAGGCGGUGGGAUCUUCGGGAAUGACCUCUUGGGAGGUUGAGGCAACCAUGUGCUUCGACAACCCCCUCAAUACCAAUGACCAAACGCAAGGCCGCCUUAUGCUUCACAGGAGGAAAAGACUGCACACUAGCAUUGCAUCGUGCUGUGCGCAGCGAAGAAUUUGACAUCUGUCUAUUAGUGACCUUUGCACCUGCCAACAUGCAGAAAUUCAAAGCUCAUCCCAUGUCAGUGGUUGAAAUGCAGACUCAGUCAAUAGGAAUUCCUCACAAGGUCUGUCUCGUGGAUGGCCCUGAUUUCCUUGGAAGCUACCGUACACAUAUUACUAGUCUUAAGGAGGAGUAUGGUAUUGAAGCGUUGGUGACAGGCGAUAUUCUGGAUGUCUGUCAUAGCUUCAUGCCCAGAGCGGUGGAAACAACAGGAGUAGAGCUCGUUAGACCACUGUGGGAGGCUCCUAGAUCAGAAAUUCUGGAAGAUAUCUGGACACAGCAAUUCGAUGUCCUCAUCUCCUGUUUAAAUAUCACCAAGUUCGACAGCGGUCUCGACAUAGAAAGCUUUGUCGGAAAGAAACUGACCAGAGAACUCUUGGAAAAAGUCAGGGAACACAACGUCAAGUCUGGCCUUGAUGUGGAUCUUGCUGGUGAAUAUGGUGAAUUCCAUACUAUGGUUCUUGAUGCACCAUUGUUUAAAUCCAAGCUUGAUGCCACUGGUGGUCAAAUUAUUCGUGAUGGAGAUUUUGCGUAUUGGAGCUUUUCGAAAACUGGUAUGGCCGCGAAAUAAGAUAUUGAAGUAAUAGGCUAUAGUUUCUUUUUCAAAUCUCAGCUCACUUCGUCAGACUUCCAUUUAUUUUUCCAAUCCUCUUCGUUUCAAUUAAAUUCGUUCGUCACGGCCCCGUGUUUUGUUUAUUAUUAUUUU